AUGAGUUAUCAUCAGGGGGCUGAGGGUGGAGCCAUCCCUAAAGAAAGACAGAAGGAUGGGUCAUCAAACAAGGAUCUUGAUGAGACCAUGGACCCUGAUAUGAAGAGGUGUGUGUGUGUGUGUUUGUGUGCGCACAACUGCUCGUUGAAGACUUUUAGAUCUGUAUCCUAUUUAAAAGUAAUGCAUUUUUAGAAGGAUACUGAGUUACUGCAUAGUACAUUUAACAUAAAAUAUGAAAGAUUUGGUAAGCGUAAAUGACUGACGACAAACCAAGUCCAAAGGUAGUUCACGUCUAUAAUGCUGCAUGUGAUUUUAGUAUUUACUAAAGGUGCAUGUCUUUCUUGUAUUAUUUGCAGUGUCCAUCCAGAGAUAGCUGAGUCUGUUUCCUCUGGUUAUUUAUCAAUGAAGAUUGGUACAUCAUUGGUUCACUCUCUUCAUGUCAAAGAGGGGGCCUCUUCACAAAGAAAAGGGUGAGUUUCUACAUGUUACCAGGAAAUGUAGAACCAUCUCUAUAAUGAAGUGAUAAUGCCCGAGGCUACGGUAGGAUAUGAGGAAGCGCUGUGGGACUGAAGUUUUUAAUGAAAAUAUGUAAAUCAUUAUUUGAAUAUGUUGGUAACCCAUCUCUAUAAUUAAGUGAUAAUGCCCGAGAAGCCGGUGUUUGGAGGAUAUAUUGGCAUGGAUGUUGUUAGGCACGAACAUUGAGGGUAUUAUCACUUUUAUACAAUGGGUUACCAACAUAUUCAAAUAAUGAUUUACAUAUUUUCAUUAAAAACGUUAUUUUGAUGAAUUUAUUCAUACUAUUUCAUCCUGACACAAGAUAUAGUCCCGACACAAAUCUAGGAUUGCUACCCAACCCGGCUGGUCGUUCGUUCUAUCGGUUCGGUUGCCAGAGACACGACCCAGUCGUUCAGUCUUUUUGUUCUGUAUCUAUGGACGCGACCCAGUCGUUCGUUCUAAAUGUUCCAUUGCCAUACUGUCUGGCAACGCUUUUAUCCUUUGCUUGCUAGCUAGCCAAGUACGGCUAAUUUACAGUCACGUCAAACAGUGCAGCCAAAAUAACAACAGUAGCUGCAUUUGCAUUUGUUUAAGCUGUUUUCUAGUGACAUUUAUUCGGAUAAAUCCAUAACAAUGAGCUGAUGAGGUGCGAUUUCGCCUGGCAUAGAGAAUGUGCUCUCUCGUCAGGACACUGUUGGACAGAGGAGCUAGCCAACAACACAGCUACAGUAACACAAUCACUUCAAACUGAAGCUGGAAAGACUGCAAACUAACUGCACUUUGUUUCGUUUUACCUUUUUUCAAUUGACAUUUCUUUGUAUAUAUCCAUAAAAAUGAUGCCAGCUGAUUCAUGAUUUCGAAUGUCUCGUCCCGACUCCCGACACGUUCAUUACUAUGGGACAGCAGGAGAUUGAAUUUGAAUAUUGAAACAAUGUUGCAAAUGUCGGAGAGACAGACAGCAAGGUUUAUACAAAUCUCCACUGUUGAAAACGAAAUGUUAGUCUAAAAGAAAUGUGAGAUAAUGUCUAGAUGCUUUUUAUAGUGGAGAUCAAGUUUAUACAUUGCCUGGCUGGGCUGAUGAGACAGUGGAUUGCGCAGUCAGAUGGAACAGAGUAAAUAGGCAUUUUAAUGUCAAAGAUUUAGCCGGUGGCAACUUGUGGAAUAGACACCAGUUGGAAUGCAGUUUUUACCAAUCAGCAUUCAGGAUUAGACCCACCCGUUGUAUAAUUUAGUAAUAACCACCUAUAACCACCUAUAAGUGUAAUUCUUCAGUUAUAACAGUCUCCUGAGUGGCGCAGUGGUCUAAGGCACUGCAUCGCAGUGCUAGCUGUGCCACUAGAGAUCCUGGUUCGAAUCCAGGCUCUGUCGUAGCCGGCCGCGACCGGGAGACCCAUGGGGCGGCGCACAAUUGGCCCAGCGUUGUCCAGGGUAGGGGAGGGAAUGGCCGGCAGGGGAUGUAGCUUAGUUGGUAGAGCAUGGCGUUUGCAACGCCAGGGUUUGUGGGUUCGAUAAAAAUAAUGUAUGUGCUAACUGUAAGUCGCUCUGGAUAAGAGCGUCUGCUAAGUGACUUAAAUGUUAAAUGUAAAUAACAUGGUUUUUACUUUUUCAUGUUAAUGUUGCAGUGUAGAAUAAACUUCACAGAAAAUAUUCUGUUCAUCAAUAUAUUUGAUAAAGGAUCAGAAGAAUUUUACGUCUGUAGAAAUGAUUUAAACUAAAAUUAUGAAUUCUGACUCAAUAUUCAAUGUUGUAUUAUGUUGCAUGACUCUUUUGUGCUGCUUGCAGGUCCCAACCAGAGAUAGCAGAGUCUGUUUCAUCUGGUUAUUUAUCAAUGAAGAGUGACCAAUCCAUGGAACUCCCUUAUAAUUUGAAAGGGUAAUAUUUUACAUAGUCCUUUGAGCCUAUGUCAUAAUAAUAACAUUUUCUUAAUUAUUUGUGACUUAAGGUGAGACAGAAAUGCACAUAAUGAUGAGUAGGUUAACAUGAGUUAUAUUAUCAGGCCAUUAUGUGUUAAACUGAAUGGGUCAGGUUCUUUUGAUCAAUGUAUUUGAUAAAUGUUAUUUUCCAAUUCCCAACCAGGCCAGGAGAGGUACACUGUGAUAUCUGUUCUGAGGUCAAAGCUGUGAAGUUCUGUCUGACCUGCACUCAGUCCUACUGUGAGACCCACGUUAGGAAGCACUACACAGUACCUAAACUACAGAGACACACCCUGGUGGAGGUGACUGGAGACCUGCAGGAGAGACUCUGUCAGGAGCACCACAGAGCUCUGGAGGUGUUCUGCAGGACAGACCAGAUGCUGAUCUGCUUGGAGUGUUCAGUGACAAAGCACAAA